ACGGGACGGGCGCUACCAUGGCGCGGUGAGGGAGCGGGGGUGGGGAUCGGUCCCGGGGAGGCCUGGGGCCGCUGGCUUGUGCGCCGUCUCGGCCGCCCCCCCUUUUGCCGCCGCCGCCGCCGCCGCCCCGGGCAUGUCGUCCAACUGCACCAGCACCACGGCGGUGGCGGUGGCGCCGCUCAGCGCCAGCAAGACCAAGACCAAAAAGAAGCAUUUCGUGUGCCAGAAAGUGAAGCUAUUCCGGGCCAGCGAGCCGAUCCUCAGCGUCCUGAUGUGGGGGGUGAACCACACGAUCAAUGAGCUGAGCAAUGUCCCCGUCCCUGUCAUGCUAAUGCCAGAUGACUUCAAAGCAUACAGCAAGAUCAAGGUGGACAAUCAUCUCUUCAAUAAGGAGAACCUUCCCAGCCGUUUUAAGUUUAAGGAGUACUGCCCCAUGGUGUUCCGGAAUCUCCGGGAGAGGUUUGGGAUUGAUGAUCAGGAUUACCAGAAUUCGGUGACGCGCAGCGCCCCUAUCAACAGUGACAGCCAGGGCCGAUGUGGCACACGUUUCCUCACCACCUACGACCGGCGCUUUGUCAUCAAGACCGUGUCAAGUGAGGAUGUGGCUGAGAUGCACAACAUCUUAAAGAAAUACCACCAGUUCAUCGUGGAGUGUCACGGCAACACCCUUUUGCCGCAGUUCCUGGGCAUGUACCGCUUGACCGUGGAUGGCGUGGAGACCUACAUGGUGGUCACCAGGAACGUGUUCAGCCAUCGGCUCACUGUGCACCGCAAGUAUGACCUCAAGGGCUCCACUGUUGCCAGAGAAGCGAGCGACAAGGAGAAGGCCAAGGACUUGCCGACAUUCAAAGACAAUGACUUCCUCAAUGAGGGGCAGAAGCUGCAUGUGGGAGAGGAGAGUAAAAAGAACUUCCUGGAAAAACUGAAACGGGACGUGGAGUUCCUGGCCCAGCUGAAGAUCAUGGACUACAGCCUGCUGGUGGGCAUCCACGACGUGGACCGGGCGGAGCAGGAGGAGAUGGAGGUGGAGGAGCGGGCAGAGGACGAGGAGUGCGAGAAUGACGGGCUGGGUGGCAACCUGCUGUGCUCCUACGGCACGCCUCCGGACAGCCCCGGCAACCUCCUCAGCUUCCCCCGCUUCUUUGGUCCCGGGGAGUUCGACCCCUCUGUUGACGUCUAUGCCAUGAAAAGCCAUGAAAGUGCCCCCAAGAAAGAGGUCUAUUUCAUGGCCAUCAUCGACAUCCUCACGCCAUAUGAUGCUAAGAAGAAAGCCGCGCACGCUGCCAAAACAGUGAAGCACGGGGCGGGGGCCGAGAUCUCGACUGUGAACCCUGAGCAGUACUCCAAACGCUUCAACGAGUUCAUGUCCAACAUCCUGACGUAGUUACCUUCUACCUUCAGCCAGAGCCGGAGAGCCGGAUGUGGGGUCGGGCCAGAAAAGGGAGAGGGUGUAUUUGGGCUAGAUGGGAGGGUGGGGAGCGUGGGGAGCAGUGUAGGGGGAGGGAGGGCUUCAGUGAUGAGACUGCAGCCUGUGACAUUGAAAGACUCUAGCUGGGGAGGAGGGGAUGUGCUGUGUGAGCAUGUACCCACAGGGUGUAGCCUUGAUCUUUCCCCCAUUUGACCCAGGUUGAAAAGGGGUUUCCUUUUUGUUCCCUUGUAACCUUUUUAACAAUACGUUGGGGCUAGAGAUGAGUUUGUGGGUUUAUGUGGGUUUUGUUUCUGAAAUCUCAUUGCUCCAGGUUUGCUAUUUAUAAUGAUGUGUGUCAUCACCCCAUCACCCUCCCCAUCCCUGCCCUGCUCUCGGUUCCCUUCAGUGAAAGAGGCACCCCCAUGGACCCGGCCAAGGGGCCUCUCAGGGCCAAGUGCUCUGAUGGCAGAGGAGAGGUCAGACACUUCAGUCCUGCUGCAUUUGAUCUUUGGAUUAACUUUUUCAUUUUAUGGAGUAUUGUGCACAAACUUCCUCUACCUUUUCACCUUGGAUCCAAGUGAAAUGUUACCUGAUUCCUCCAUCUAAAUGCUGUCCUCCAAAUCAACAGCAGGCAUCUUGGAUCAGAAUCAGAGAUCUCACAGGGGCGUGAGUUCAUCCUCAUGGGAUGGUGAGGGGUGGGGGUAGCGGCUGGGCUCUUGGACAGCUGGUUCUCACAGAACCCUGCGAUCAUCAUCCACGCCUCUGAGCUCCUUUGGCUGCUGGAGUUCAGAUGUCCUGUCUAAAGCCUGCCUCCCGUUGGUCAAGAGGAACUAGAAAGCAUCUUUAGGUACAGCAGGAGCCUUCAUGCUUCGAUGGUUAUUUCCCCUUGGGAAACCCCCAGAACCUGAUGAGUAGCCAGUGAGGCCUUGUGCCCUCCAUCCAUUGACUUCCUCCUGACAUUCUCCCACGCACCCUCCCUUGUAGUUGAGCUUUUAGCUGGGGGAGACCUCCACGUGCCUGGGAUGCUCCUUGCAGAGAGGCCUCCUCAAGCCCCAGGGCCACCAUGUAGAUAAUCUGAUGCCCUGUGCCUGUGGUCUGUCCCCCUGGACAGUUUUGGCCAUCAGGGAGUGCUGCCCCCCACCGUGGAGUGUGGCACCCAAGCCUGAGCUGGCCGCGGAGUCACUUGAAGAUGUGACCCAGGAAAUCCAAUGUGGAGGCCUGAAAUGGGAUUCGACCUGGCCCAGCUUUGGGGCUGUUUUCCUUGAUGCCCCCGUCUUAACUUUGAGCAGAUCUGCCACCCCAGGGGUGCUUCGGGAGUGGCUUCCUGCAGCUUCGUGCAGGGUCCCCACCCACCUGCUGAGCUACCCAGGCCUCAGAACUGAGCCGGGUGUCAUUCUGUGAUGCCAUCAGAGCAGUCUGGUCUGGCUCAGAGAGAACAGCCCUGUGUUGGGGGAGGUACAUUCCUGCACCUUCUCACCCCCUCACCCGGAACUGGGGAUUUGGGAUGAUCUAUGGUAAAACUUUUGUAGAUAACCCCACAGGUGCGAUGCAAGUUUAUGGAAACAUUUCAAAUGGAUGGACUGGUUUCCUGUGGCUCCCUCCAAACCUGGCCAAGUUCAGCUUCUGGAGCAGGAACCACCGCCUCCGUGCCCUACCUGCAGCGUUUAGGUGAGGGGGGAAUGGAGGCAGCAUUCUUGGACUCCAGUGAGGCUGCUGGAACUGUUCUGGAAGAGGCAAAUAGGUCAGACAACCGCCCCCCCGCCCAGGAAGGGGCCAUAGGCAGCUCUGAAUGAUCAGCAGCAGCAAGACCAUGAAGUGACUUGGGGAAGAACUUGGAACCAAGUGGCUCACAGAGAAAACAGAUCUGACUUAGGACGGGAUUACGUAGGAACGAUGUUUGGACUUGAUUUCCCCACCUCCUAAUCAAGAAUGGAAAUUUGGAUCUGUCCCUCGGGAGGCCCGCAUCUUCCGAGCUUAGUGGGCUGUCCUCCAGCAGAGGCCACAGCCUUGGGCUCCCACCGGCUUCCUGCGUUUGGUCUGCUGAUUAUGUUGCCAUCAUGUGUGUGAAAAGUGUAACACAAUCCAUCGGUUAAAAACGAGCUACCAGGUAUCUAACUUCUUUAACAUUGAGUUUUGUGUUUUUUGUGGGGUUUUUGGUUGUUGUUUUUUUUUUUUUUUUUUUUUUUGUAUAUUGUUUACAUUUUGAGAGUAGCAUUCUGUUUCAAAUGCUUUUUUUUUUUUUUUUGACAGUAUUGUUGUUUGGGUCAAAACAUUUGAGCUGUGGUCGGGUGGACUUUAGAUUUUUUUAAAAGGUCAUUCUCUGUGCUAUCUUCAAAACCUUGGGUUUGGCCCUCUAAUUCCUUUGGCAUUCAAAUGUUUAAAAGCUAUUUAUCUUGGUUUAUGCCAGUUUUCUUUCUCUUCUUUCUGUAAUGAUGCCGAUGUGUUUGGUUUGUGGUCUGAAUGUGGAGAAAGUGAACUGAUGGCCAAGCCUUUGUCUGCCCCCACUCCUUUCUCAGAGCCCCACCUUCCCGCUCUCCCUACAGAAGGCAUCCAAGAGCAAAGGACUACCCUCAGCCUUCCUCUCUGGAGCCCUGAAGGAAAGCUCAGCUGUCCCACGGCACCCUAGAAUAAUUUGGGGGUCUCCUAAGAACCAGGUGUAAGGAUAGGACGUGACGGACUGGGUGAAGCCCGGGAUGGGGGUCAGGGCAGGAUUCCUCUCCAUUCCCCCCACCUUGACCACCUAGCCAGUCGCAGCUUCACCCGUCCUGAGAGUCUGGGGCUGAGAAACCCAGGCUGGUCCUCUGAAAACUCCGCGUAGACCACUAGAUGAAGGCCUCUGGCCCUUGUUCCUAUUAGUGAACCACUGAGUCUUUGUUCCCCCCCCCACCCCCCAGUGCAAGCUCCUUCCCUGUGCCCUGCGGUUUGGGGGUACAGGGCGGGCUGGGAAGCCAGCAGUUCCGGGAGCAGACUGCAGCAGCGCUCCAUCUCUCCUUAUCUAGCUCAGGGGUUACUGGUCUGUGGCGGGUGCCACGAGUCGCCCCUGUGGCUGUUCUCAGUGGCACCUUCUAAGUUCCCACCACAGGCAGCUCUCCCUCCCCUCUCCCAAUUCCUACUGUUUCUCUCGCCUGUGCUUUAGGCCUCAAACAGGUCCCCUGGUAGCGCUCAGGGCUUGGGACUAGACUCCUGCCCUAGUUGACUUUCCCUCUUCAGUCUGCCAGGGUCUGCCCUGGGGAGGUGGACCAAAGACACAGGACUUCUCUCAGUAGCCAAUCCUCACCCCCCAAUUGUCUUUUUACCAAUUCAAGUUGGGAGGGAAAAAACUUCAGCACUCCCUAGCAUCUGAGCUACUCGAGUGUUAGGGGCCAGAAGGGACAGUGUGUUUAAAUGGCCCUUACAGCUCUGGCCUUAUAUGGCUCCCCCGAGUCUAGGGACCUCACUUCUUUCUGGCAGAAAUGGGGGGCAGGGGUCCAGCCUGAGCACAGAAAUCAAAGGGAAAACACAUCCGAACAACUGCCCCCAAACCUACCAGCCACCUGCAGGGGCAGUGACUGCCUAGCUUUCCUCUGAGAUGUGCCGCGUACGAAGAGUGCCUCCAGAGGGAAGGGGAGACUCAGCCGUCCCCAGCAAGUUGUGCCGAGAUCCUUCAGAGGCUGGGGAGGAAACUUCCAGAGGAGUUCCUUCCCCCUCGCUCAGAGCUAUUUUGUGAGUUGUGAACCAACAACAAACAGCCUUUAGGGGGAGGCCGGUGCCGCUCAGCACACCUCAACAUCAGGUCAAAUCAUUGUAAUCAAAAAAUGUGAAUGAAGCUGAGAUUCAGCUUUUGGGGGAGCAGGAUAAAUACGACCCCUUCACGUGUGUGUCACUUCUCGGUUCUCACCGCACUCUCCAUUUUUUAAAUAGGAAUUUUCAACCCCUUGUGCUUGUCUAAUGUCUGCUCGGAACAGUUCGAGACACUGUUACUGUUUAAAAAUGCAUGCAUGUGAAGAUGAAUCUCCAACCCAAGGAACAAAUAAAACUCAAAAAACUUUGUGUA